CGCAGAUUCGUUAGGCCGGCUCCUCCUCAGAAUUAUUCGGGACGCUCUAUACUCGGCUGAAAAUCCUCAUCGGACUCCGUAGCCAUUUCCCCCAGGUCGGAACUGAGCAGUACUCUGAGUUGUGCUAGUAAGAAAGAUCCAAGAAAAGUGGUCGACUCUGCCAACAGGGCUUGGCUAACCAGGCAUUAUUUUCUUGGCUCCACCAAGGCGGGUGAAGGGAGGCAACAGCUGAGGCCAGGACCUGUGGCGAAUCUGCAGCCUCUCAGACCUUUGGCCGCCUGAGGAAGGGGCAGGAAAGGGGAGCAAAGGAGUGCGCAUCCUGUCUACUGAUUCGCCCCGCCCGCCUGACGAAUCUGCGCCUGUUCAACGCGCCACUCAAAUCUCCCCAGCUCUGGCUGGCCUCCUCCCCUCCGCCCCGCCUCCUUUUCCUCAGGGAUUAGUCGCUGCUUUCGUCGCCGCCGAUUCGUCAAGGACCCCAGGCCGGAGCAGCUGGAUAGCCGUGGUGAAGCCCACUCUCCGGGGGAUGCGGCCAAUCUCCAGGCUCCCUGAGCCGCAACUUUUGAGCUUUAUAGGGCGCUGGCCGAGGCGAAGCCGCCAUCCUCGGCCCCGUGGGUCUCCUGGCGGCGCCCGUGGCGAAAGUGCGAAUGUAGAAGCUGUGCCCGCUGAGCCUCGCGCAGUGUAAAUGAGCAAAGAUGGAUCAAGAAGGUGGGGGAGAUGGGCAGAAGGCCCCGAGCUUCCAGUGGCGGAACUACAAGCUCAUCGUGGAUCCUGCCUUGGAUCCUGCCCUGCGCAGGCCUUCUCAGAAGGUGUACCGAUACGAUGGCAUCCACUUCAGUGUCAACGACUCAAAGUAUAUACCAGUGGAAGACCUCCAAGACCCCCGUUGCCACGUCAGGUCCAAAAACAGAGAUUUUUCCCUCCCAGUCCCUAAGUUUAAGCUGGAUGAGUUCUAUAUCGGACAAAUCCCACUGAAAGAAGUGACUUUCGCGAGGCUGAAUGACAACGUGCGGGAGACCUUCCUGAAGGACAUGUGCCGAAAGUAUGGCGAGGUGGAAGAGGUAGAGAUCCUUCUUCACCCCCGUACUCGCAAGCACCUGGGCCUGGCCCGCGUGCUCUUCACCAGCACUCGGGGAGCCAAGGAAACAGUCAAAAACCUCCACCUUACCUCCGUCAUGGGCAACAUCAUCCAUGCCCAGCUCGACAUCAAAGGACAGCAACGAAUGAAGUACUAUGAAUUGAUAGUCAAUGGCUCCUACACCCCUCAGACGGUGCCCACUGGAGGCAAGGCUCUGAGUGAGAAGUUCCAAGGCUCUGGUGCAGCCACUGAGACGACUGAAUCCCGCCGCCGUUCCUCCUCUGACACAGCUGCCUUCCCAGCAGGCACAGCUGUGGUGGGCACUCCCGGCAAUGGCACCCCCUGCUCCCAGGACACAAGCUUCGCCAGCAGCCGGCAAGACACCCCAUCUUCCUUUGGCCAGUUCACCCCUCAGUCCUCCCAAGGAACCCCCUACACGUCUCGGGGCAGCACCCCUUACUCUCAGGACUCUGCCUACUCCAGCAGCACCACUUCAACCUCCUUCAAGCCCCGGCGGUCAGAGAACAGCUACCAGGAUUCCUUCUCCCGCCGCCAUUUCUCUGCAUCUUCAGCCCCCACGACCACCUCUGCAGCCAUCUCUGCCACCACUGCGGCCACCGCCGCACCCUCCCCUUCUUCCUCCUCGUUGUCCUCGUCCUCGUCCUCCUCUUCUUCAUCCUCUCAUUUUCGUGGUUCUGACUCAAACUACCCAGCAUAUUACGAAAGCUGGAAUCGCUACCAACGCCAUGCUUCCUACCCACCCCGCCGCGCGACUCGGGAGGAGCCCCCUGGGGCACCUUUUGCUGAAAAUACAGCCGAGCGCUUCCCACCUUCCUACACCUCCUACUUGCCCCCUGAGCCCAACCGGCCUGCUGACCAGGACUACCGGCCUCCUGCCUCGGAAGCUCCACCCCCAGAGCCUCCAGAACCUGGUGGAGGCGGGGGUGGUGGGGGCUCCAGCCCUGAGAGGGAAGAAGCUCGGACGUCCCCCCGCCCAGCCUCACCGGCCCGUUCCGGCUCCCCAGCCCCAGAGACCACCAAUGAGAGUGUGCCCUUCGCGCAGCACAGCAGCUUGGAUUCCCGCAUCGAGAUGUUGUUGAAGGAGCAGCGUUCCAAGUUUUCUUUCCUGGCCUCUGACACCGAGGAAGAGGAAGAGAACAGCACCACAGGCCCUGGGGCGAGGGACACAGGGAGUGAGGUCCCUUCUGGGUCAGGUCACGGGCCCUGCACGCCGCCUCCAGCCCCAGCAAAUUUUGAGGAUGUGGCACCUGCAGGGAGUGGGGAGCCAGGAGCUACCCGGGAGUCACCCAAGGCCAACGGGCAGAACCAGGCUUCUCCAUGCUCUUCUGGAGAGGACAUGGAAAUCUCCGAUGAUGACAGGGGUGGCUCGCCCCCUCCGGCCCCAACACCCCCCCAGCAACCUCCCCCGCCUCCCCCCCCGCCUCCCCCUCCCCCUCCAUACCUGGCUUCCCUUCCCCUUGGUUAUCCUCCCCACCAGCCUGCCUACCUCCUCCCACCCCGACCUGAUGGGCCACCGCCCCCUGAAUACCCCCCACCUCCUCCGCCACCCCCCCACAUCUAUGACUUUGUGAACUCCUUAGAGCUCAUGGAUCGACUUGGGGCUCAGUGGGGAGGGAUGCCCAUGUCCUUCCAGAUGCAGACCCAGAUGUUAACUCGGCUCCACCAGCUGCGGCAGGGCAAAGGAUUGACUGCUGCCUCUGCUGGUCCCCCUGGUGGGGCCUUUGGGGAGGCCUUCCUCCCGUUCCCGCCCCCGCAAGAGGCAGCCUAUGGCCUCCCCUAUGCUCUGUACACACAAGGGCAAGAAGGCCGAGGGGCGUACUCCCGGGAGGCCUACCACCUGCCUUUGCCCGUGGCAGCCGAGCCCCUGCCCUCCUCCUCAGUCUCAGGAGAAGAGGCCCGGCUGCCUCCCAGGGAGGAAGCGGAGCUGGCAGAGGGCAAGGCCCUGCCGUCAGCAGGCACCGUGGGCCGUGUGCUGGCCACGCUCGUCCAGGAGAUGAAGAGCAUCAUGCAGCGGGACCUCAACCGCAAGAUGGUGGAGAAUGUGGCCUUCGGAGCCUUUGACCAGUGGUGGGAGAGCAAGGAAGAGAAGGCCAAGCCGUUCCAGAAUGCAGCUAAACAGCAAGCCAAGGAGGAGGAUAAAGAGAAGACAAAGCUCAAAGAGCCGGGCCUGCUGUCCCUCGUAGACUGGGCCAAGAGUGGAGGUACCACCGGCAUCGAAGCCUUCGCCUUUGGGUCGGGGCUGCGAGGAGCCCUGCGGCUGCCUUCUUUCAAGGUAAAGCGAAAAGAGCCUUCGGAAAUUUCAGAGGCCAGUGAGGAAAAGAGGCCCCGGCCUUCUACUCCAGCUGAGGAAGAUGAAGAUGACGCUGAGCGAGAGAAGGAGGUUGGAGAGCCAGGACGUCCGGGGACCAAGCCCCCAAAACGAGAUGAAGAGCGAAGCAAGAGCCAGGGCAAGCACCGCAAGUCCUUUGCUCUGGACAGCGAGGGGGAGGAGGCAUCCCAGGAGUCCUCCUCAGAGAAGGAUGAGGAGGACGAAGAGGAAGAUGAGGAAGAUGAAGAGCGUGAGGAAGCCAUGAAUGCUGCAAAGAAGGAGACAGAGGCAUCAGACGGAGAGGACGAGGAAAGCGAUUCGUCCUCCAAAUGUUCUGUGUAUGACUCAGAUGGUGAGAACGAUAGCACGUCGGACUCUGAGAGCAGCAGCUCAUCCAGCUCCUCUUCUUCUUCAUCUUCCUCCUCAUCAUCCUCGUCAUCAUCUGAGUCCUCCUCUGAGGAAGAAGAGGAAGAAGGGCAGCCAGCAACCACACCGUCAGCAUUGUUAUCCCCCAGAGAUGUCCCCACGCCCUUGCCAGCACCUGCGGAGGAACCCGAGCCAGAAAGGGUUGCAGACUCUCCAGUCACACCUCUCCCCGAACAGGAGAAGUCUCCAGCAAGACCGGCAGGUUCCACGGAGGAGCCGCCUCCCAGCGUGCCCCAGCCUCCCCCAGAGCCACCGGCUGGGCCUCCAGCCCCCGCCCCCCGCCCCGACGAGCGCCCCUCCUCUCCCAUCCCCCUCCUGCCCCCACCCAAGAAACGCCGGAAAACCGUCUCCUUCUCUGCGAUGGAGGAGGUGCCAACCCCAGAGCCUCCCCCCCCCACCCCGCCGCAGGUCAAGUCUGCCGGCCCCACCUCCCGCAAAGUCCCCCGGGCUGUGGAGCGGACCAUUCGGAACCUGCCCCUGGACCAUGCGUCUCUGGUCAAGAGUUGGCCCGAGGAGGUGUCCCGAGGAGGCCGGAGCCGGGCUGGAGGCCGAGGCCGCUCCACCGAGGAAGAAGAGGCUGAGCCAGGGACAGAAGUGGACCUGGCCGUGCUGGCUGACCUGGCUCUGACCCCAGCCCGGCGCGGGCUGCCUGCCCUGCCCACUGGUGACGACUCAGAGGCCACAGAGACGUUGGACGAGGCCGAGCGCCCGGGCCCCCUGCUCAGCCACAUCCUCCUGGAGCACAACUACGCCCUGGCUGUCAAGCCGCCACCCUCCACGCCGGCCCCUCGGCCCCCGGAGCCGGUUCCUGCCCCCGCGGCCCUCUUCAGCUCCCCGGCAGACGAGGUCCUGGAGGCCCCUGAGGUGGUGGUGGCUGAGGCAGAGGAACCAAAGCAGCAGCAGCAGCAGCAGCAGCAGCAAGAGGAUGGAGAGGAGGAGGAGGAGGAGGAGGCGUCGUCGGAGAGCAGCAGCAGCAGCAGCAGCGACGGCGAGGGGGCCGUCCGGAGGCGCAGCCUUCGCUCUCACACCCGGCGCCGGCGGCCACCCCCGCCGCCCCCACCCCCGCCACCCCCCACCUUCGAGUCCCGGAGCGAGUUUGAGCAGAUGACCAUCCUGUAUGACAUUUGGAACUCGGGCCUGGACUCGGAGGACAUGGGCUACCUGCGGCUCACGUACGAGCGGCUGCUGCAGCAGACCAGCGGGGCCGACUGGCUUAACGACACCCACUGGGUCCAGCACACCAUCACCAACCUGAGCACUCCGAAACGCAAGCGGCGGCCCCAGGACGGGCCCCGCGAGCACCAGACAGGCUCGGCCCGCAGUGAAGGCUACUACCCCAUCAGCAAGAAGGAGAAGGACAGGUACCUGGACGUGUGCCCAGUCUCGGCCCGGCAGCUGGAAGGAGCGGACACUCAGGGGACUAACCGUGUGCUUUCGGAGCGCCGCUCUGAGCAGCGGCGGCUGCUGAGCGCCAUCGGCACCUCCGCCAUCAUGGACAGUGACCUGCUGAAGCUAAACCAGCUCAAGUUCCGGAAGAAGAAGCUCCGAUUUGGCCGGAGCCGGAUCCAUGAGUGGGGGCUGUUUGCCAUGGAACCCAUCGCAGCUGACGAGAUGGUCAUCGAGUAUGUGGGUCAGAACAUCCGCCAGAUGGUGGCCGACAUGCGGGAGAAGCGCUACGUGCAGGAGGGCAUUGGCAGCAGCUACCUGUUCCGGGUGGACCACGACACCAUCAUCGAUGCCACCAAGUGUGGCAACCUGGCAAGGUUCAUCAACCACUGCUGCACGCCCAACUGCUAUGCCAAGGUGAUCACCAUCGAGUCCCAGAAGAAGAUCGUGAUCUACUCCAAGCAGCCCAUCGGCGUGGACGAGGAGAUCACCUACGACUACAAGUUCCCGCUGGAGGACAACAAGAUCCCGUGUCUGUGCGGCACCGAGAGCUGCCGCGGCUCCCUCAACUGAGGUGGGGC